AUGGUGUCAGUAGCACAGGUCCGCCUACAUCUCAAACAGGGGGCCAGGCUAUCUUCCAUCGACCUGGAAAACGCCUACUGGCACGUCCGAAUCCACAGGAGGUUCAAGAAAAUUCUGGCCUUCCAGGUAGAGGGAGACGUGUUUCAAUUUACCCAGCUCCCCUUCGGUCUCUCUCUAGCUCCAAGAGUCUUCACCAGAAUCGUGAGGGUCUUGGCCAGGGAACUCACCCACCGCAAUGGAGACGUCUUCAUGUACCUGGACGACUGGCUGAUCUCGGCCUCGUCCAAGGAAGAUGGCGAAUCAAGCACAAGGGUAACACUGGCCACGGCAGAGGGCAUGGGCUUCAGAAUCAACCACCCGAAGUCCUCCCUCUCACCAUCACAACAACAGGUGUGGCUGGAGAUGUUGUGGGACACCUCCACAGCUUCCCUCCCCCUCUCCCCAGACAACUCACUACGAAUACUCCGGCGCUUCUUUGUCGCCUCAUUAUCGGUCUUCACUCACCGCCAGUGGGAGACCCUCCUAGUCUCCCCCACCUUCGCGGCAGAGGUGGUCCCCCUAGGUCGUUUGCUUCUUCACCGCCUGACCAGGGAGGUCAACGCGGUCGAACCCAAGAAACUCGCACAUCCCAUGUCCCCUCACUUGUCCGCCCUUCUACUCCCCUGGCUGUCUCGCGACGCCCUACGCCGGUGGACGCUCUGGGUCCCAUCAGCGCCCACCUUCUUCGUAGCAUCGUAUGCCUCCGACAUAGGCUGGGGGUACCAGUCUUCCAAGGGUCACCAGCAGUUCGGGGGCUGGACAGACAAGUGGAGGGUGGCUCACAUCAACGUACGAGAUCUGUACGUGGCGUGGAGAUUCUUGGAGGACAACCAGACUACCCAGGACGAAGCCAACUGCUUCGAAAUGGACAGCACAGCAGCCGUUUUCUGCCUCAACAGGCAGGGCAAGGCCCGCUGA